CCUGUGGUCCUUAGGAAGUCAGUCAGUAGGUUAGUGUGUCCGGGUAGGGCUACGUGGUGAGGAGUGGGACCCUUGUCGUGCACCAACACCACGAUGGAUGACUACCCGAUGUAUGGGUUGCUGGUUGGGUUCUCCCUCUGGGGGACCCUCUGGCGUCUCCUCUUUCCUCUGGGAUUUUGGCAUACCUUUGCAUGUAGAGWAGGGCCCACUCGAGGUGGUACCGCCACCCAACCAUACACGAGGGAGGAGGAGGAGAAGAUGGCCGCCAUCCUGCAAGAGAGGAAGGAGAAGAAGGAGGCCAAGAAGAAGGCCUUGAAGGAAGAACAGGCGGCCAAAUUGAAGAAGAUGGAGGAAGAAAUGGCCAGGGAGAAGGAGAGGCUGAUAAAGGAAGAAGAGGAGAAGCUGAAGGAGGUGGAUGAAGAGGAGGAGGGACCACCACUGCAAAGGAGUGGGCAGCACAGCGGCCGCAGCAGUGAUGAGAUGGAGAAGAAGAUUUCGGAGUGGGUCGCCAACUUAUCCCUGGGUGAGGAGGAAGAGGUUGCUAUGUACGUCCCCAAGGAUGAGCAAGAAGCCGCCAUGAAGAAAUGGGAAGCAGAAGAAGAUGUUCUGACGCGGCGGGCGAUGGAGGAUGAACAAAGGAUGGCGUGGAAGCUCGCAGUGAUGAGGGAGAAGAAAAGAAGAGUGGAGGCGGCGAAUGCGGCAAUGCAGGAACUGGAGGAGGUGAGGGUUGCCGUAACAACACAGUUGAUUCCGCAAGUGGAUCUCCAACGUAAAGUGGAGAUCAUCGCCCAGAGCGUUGAGCGGUUAGCUAAAGUGCAAGAAAGGCACUUUGAGUUUAAUCGCAGCCAGGAGAUAUCUGUACGCUCGAUGCGAACAGGCUUACGGGAUUUUGCUCGCGAACUAGUAGGCGCUGUGGGAUCCGAGGUGAGUCAUCGCCUCGAGAAGACUGAGUGUUUUUGUGUUGGCGCCAUCGAAGGCAUCAAGGUGGCCGCUCCCAAGGAGGAGGAGGCCCGUCCUCGCAGGGAGCCAGUCAAAGUCAAAUUCCAUGAUUCCUACAGUGGGAAAAGGGAAGAGAACUUUGACAAUUGGGAGGCCAAUGUUAAGACCUAUGUGCAUUUGCAACAGGUCUCCCCGGAUCAGCAGGUCUUAAUUGCGAUCCAUGCACUUAGAGACGAGGCCGCCAGUUUCGCGAGAUCCCUUGUUCGUGCUGCCAACUGUAGUGACGAUCCAGUUGCGUACUCCUCAUUUACGUCCCUCACCGAAUUCCUGAAGUUGCUGCGCGAGCAAUUUGCUGAUGUCGCUCGCAGUGUCAAGGCCUCAAACAAGCUCCAAACCAUCCAUUCUCGUAAAUGGAAGAGUGCCAGGGCACUCAAGGGUACAAUGGAUGAGUUGGUGGCCGUCCCUGACCAUGGGGUCACAGAGGGCCAAUUGGUCAACCUCUUUUACCGGGCUAUGCCCGAAGCCUUUCGAGGGCAGUUCUUCGCGAAGAGCGAAGACCCUGCCACCACUUACGAUUCCCUUAGUAGUGAGGUGGUGGCUUUUGAAGCGAAGUCAGUGUCCCUGUCCACCUUUUGGCAUAAUAAGGAUUUGGACAAGGGAAAGCAAUGGAAAGGCCGCACUAUCUCAGGGCAGGUAAAGACCAAGGAUAGCCUUGUCCUGACUUUAGAUGAGGGUAGUGUGGAUGAGAUUCCCUACGAUCAAAUUGAGUGGGGGCUACAGGAGGCGGACAGCGGUGUGGGCCAGGGGAGGACUUACACUGCUGUCGCGGCUGGAGGGAGGCCGCAAGGAGGAAGAGGCCAGGGCCAAGGGGGCCGGGCCUCAGGGAGCCGAUUUCAGGGCGAUCAGGGGGUUCGCGGCAGAGGAGGAAACCGCCAAGUGGGAGGCAGGGGUCAAGGUCCCUCGCAAAACCGUCCUAGAAAUAGGUCUCCCUAUAGAGUAGGAGGAUGGCACCCAAGGCUACCUCAGGGUAGGCCUUGGGAAUCUUUGGGUCUGGACCAAGACUUAUGGCAAAAACGAUUGGACCGGGGUCAGUGCAUUUUCUGCGGUGACCCGGGCCAUAUCAUCAAAUAUUGUCCCAAGUAUAGAGAGACCCGAACGGCUGCCCAAGGGCCAAAAGGCAACCGCCGGUAGGGGUAGCAACUGCCCCUACCACUAGGCCAUGUGGGGAACAUAGCGCUAGCCGGCAGGAGACUCCCACACCACAUGUGCCUAUGGCAGAGGUUGCAGGCCGGUGUCUAGACAACUAUCCCGAAACUGCUUGCGUUAGAGUUUCGCUAGACACCUCCCUCACAGGCAUGGCCGAAGAAUUGAAGGAGAGGAUGCCCGCCUGGGCCAAGAUGAAGAAGGAGAAUAAAGGGCAGCUUAUAUU